AUGCCCCCUUCGCCAUUUCGUCAGACGAGGCCUCCUGACAGCCCUCCCCGGGUCGGCUGGGUGCAACUUUUGGGGGCUUUUUCGGACCCGACUGGUCGGUCUCCCGAAUCUACAACGGCGAACGUCGUGCCGCCUAAUACGCCGCUCCUUCCUCGCAAGGAGACCGAGGGCCAUGUAAAGGAACCUAUUGGUCUCAUGGUGCCUUCUCCCGACGAUCCUAGCGCGUACGCAGAGCGUGCAGCGAAUAUCUCCAAGUCGGGGUUUGUCGAUGUCGUGGGUUUCCAGCAACCAGCCGAUGCCCAAGAUGAGGUGGCCCCGAAAAACUCGCCCACGACUAUAUCUGCACCGGACAUGAUGGACCAAUUGAAAGAAUUGUUCCAGGCCGCCCCAGAGCAGAAGUCUGGAUCGACUGCGCACUCCAAUAGUCACCCUUCCAAACCUGUCAUCGCAGACAUCAUGCCAGCAAAUACUCUACUGGCUUCUAACCUGGGGAAUGUGGCUAUAGGAGAUGCGAGAGAGCCCGUUGGCCUGAUAGCCCCUUCCUCCAUCGACCCAAGUGCGUAUGCAGACUGCACCAGUGCAGCCGCAAACCAUCAUCUCCCAGACAUUGCCCAAACCAAGCCCAUUCCAGGUAGUGCCCCUUCUGAGACGGUGACAAUGGGCCACUUGAAAGAGUUGUUCGUGGCCCUGCUUGAAAGGAGGUCCCAAUUACCUGCACCAUCAGUGCUUGCCCUGAGGAUGCAGCUGCUCAGCCGGCAGCUAAGGGGCCUCGAGCCAGAGGCAAACGAGUCAUAG